AUGUCAUCUCCAAAGAUCGUCGUAAUCACCGGCGCCAAUACGGGCAUUGGCUACGAGACCGUCAAAGCCCUCGUCCAGUCCGACCAGGCGUAUCGCAUUUUCGUCGGAAGUCGGUCAGUGGAGAAGGGCGAGGCGGCCAUUGAGACGCUUCGCAAAGAGUUCCCGCAGUCUACCAGCACUCUGGAAGUGCUGCAGGUCGAUGUGUCGACCGACGAGUCCAUCCAGCACGCUUUCGAGACGGUCAAGGCGAAGACCGAGUAUAUCGACGUGCUGAUCAAUAAUGCUGGCGCCGCAUUCGACGGACAGAUCGGUCUUCGCGACUGCUUCAACCAGGCGUACAACAUCAACGUGAGCGGCGCACAUGUCAUGACGUAUAUCUUCAUGCCGCUCCUGCUCAAAUCAGCCGACCCUCGACUGCUCUUCAUUGCUGGCCUGUCGCAGAUGUCCGUCGCUAGUCAGCAAUACUUCCCGACGCCUCCGCAGCCAGCUGGAUGGCCGAAGCACAUCGACUUCGAGACCAUCGGAUACCGGUGCAGCAAGACUGCCCUGAACAUGCUCAUGAUCGACUACAAUCAUAACUCCGGCUCGGAGAUCUGUCGCGGUAACAAUAGCCCCGGACAGACCACCCGCACCAUAUACAGCGGCAUUUGCACCGUCCAAGGAAAUGCUGGCUCCCAUUGCUCUCAGACUAGGGACCUGAUUGAACCUUUGGUCAAAAACAGUCUCCGUUAUCUGGCUCACACCUUUAGCUGUCGCCAGCAAAGCCAUCAGCUGCGGCUGCAGUUCCUUCUGAUGCCCUGCGUGGCAGCCAUGGACCGUGAGAGGAUUGCCACACAUGGCGCCCAAGAUGAGAAAGGUCCCUCCUUCAAUGCGAUCUUCCAUCACCUUGUAUUUAUAAGGAUGAAGUGUGUCCCGGCCGUGGAUGACAAGGACACUGGUACCGAGACCGGUAAUCUCAGCCCCCAUGUCCACGAGGCAGCGGGCCAGGUCGACCACUUCCGGCUCUCGAGCUGCGUUGACGAUAUGCGUCGUCCCGCGUGCUAA